AGGAAGGAAGCUUACUUUUGUUCAUGGCCGUACCCUCAAGUCUAGAUCAGUGCUUGGGAUAUAGUUAGGAAUUUAGUAAAUAUCUGUUGAGUAAGUGAAUGAAAAUAAGAAAAAUUCCAGAAGGUAAUAAAUGCUGUGCAGGGAAUUUAAACAAUGAUAUAGGGCAGCUUACCAGAUGGCAGUUUGUAUUUGGAUAGAGAGGGUAGGCUUGUCUGGGAAGAUGGUAUUUAAACUGAGUCUCAAUGAGGAAAGAGCCAGCCUUGCAAAGGUGAAAGGAACUGUAUUCUUGCUGGAGGGAACUGGUAGAACAAAUGUCCUGAGGUAGGAGUGAGCUGGCUUUGUUCAAGGACAGACAGAAGGCUGCAGUUUAAGGACCUAGAGAAGAGGGCAAUGGGGUUGUCUUGGAGAUAGAGAAAGCAUGGCUUGAGUAAAUGACUGGAGUGAAGGAAAACUGGGAAAGCUGUGGAAAACUCAGAGCGUGGGGUAGGAAGAAUCCAGAGUUCUCCUUCAGUUGUUGUGAGUCCAUGUGGAUCUGUCAAGGAGGCAGUUGGAUGUACUAGUCUGUAGUUCUGGAAAGAGCUCAGAACUUGAGUUCUCUAUCUGAAUUUAAAAGUAUUUUGCAUAAAUAAUGAUUAAAGACAUAGGACUGGGUGAGAUCAUCUAGGGAAGACAUACAAUAUAUGAAUUAGUUACGUUGAAAGGCUAAGCUUCCAUGACAGAGACACAGAGUACAAUGGCUCAAACAAGAUAGGCCUUUAUUUCUCUCUUGCGUAAUAACAGUCCAGUUCCCUCGUCACCAGGUCGCUUUCCUUCCUGACCAUUCAGGGAUCAUUUUCCUACUAUUGUCUUAUUCCUCUUUCUCUUAAGGUAUAUUGCAUGUUAUAAAGCCAGGUCCAUAGCCCUUUCUGUCAGCUUUCUGACCCAUGAUAAGGGAAAAGAGAAGCUUUGGCCAGAAAUGGCACAUACUGCUCCUGUUCACAUUUAAUUGCUGAGAACCUAGUCAUGUGGUCCCAGCUAACUUAAGGGCUUUGGGAAAUGGAGAGAAGCUAGCCAGCUGUGUGCCAGGCUACAGCCCUCUUGCUAAGAAGGGGAGAAUGAGUUCAGUGGGAGGUAGCAUUUCCUGCCAUACUGUAGACCAGGAGAGAGCGCUGGAGUUAAUUGAGCUUUUAGAAGUUAAGUUGAGGAACAUGAGCCGUUGGCAAAGGAGACUCAAAAGAAAAUGCCAAGUGAUACAGGAUUGGAGUGUCUUGAAAGCUAAGAGAAGAUAGUAGUUCAAAAAGUAGGGAGUAUUGUAUUUAAUGACACUUACAAGGUUGAGGUAAAUAGAAAUAGCUGUUAAUUUUGAUAACAUGGAAGUAAUUGAUGACUUUUAUAAAUGUAGUGUCGGUGGAACGGGUUGAGGGGAGAAUGUGAAGUGGGGAAAGUAAAAAGAAUAACCAAGAAAAUUUGCAGUUAAGAGGGAAAAACAAGGCCAAUAACUGAAAGGGGCCUUUAGAGUAAGGGGUGUUUUUUGUUGUUAUUUUUAAAAUAAAAGAUGCUAAGCUUGUUUGUCGGCUGAUAGAAAGAACUCAGUAGAAAGAGAGAAAAUGAUACAGAAAAGAAAUGUUACUUGCAGGAGUGGAGUUCUUGAAAAGACUUAGGAGUUGAGAUUAAAGCCUGACUGUAUCAAGAUUUAAUUAGGAUAUGCUGCUGCUGGAAAUGGCAAUUGGUACAACCACUUGUUUAAAACUUUCAAACAAUGCUAUAUAUUGCUUAACAUAAAUAUGUUAAAUAGUAAAAGUGUGGAUGGAAACCUUAAACACUCACUUUCUGAAAUUGUUUCUCUAGGGAGAAAGGGAAUGAGGUCACAGAGGGACUUUAGUUGUACCUGCAAUGUUUUAUUUCCUUUAAAAAUUUUUCUGAAGCAAAUAUGGUGUAAAGUUAAGAUUUGUUAAACCUGUCUUGCCUCUGUUUUAAAUGUUUCAUAAUAAUUAAAAAAAAUACAGGAAGAGUCAGUAGUGCAAAAUAAGGUGGUAGAAAUAAACGACAAUAAAUGUAAAUAAAGUCUCGAUGGCUGAAAAUCUAGUAAAAGUCCAUUGAAAGGUGGACUAAAAAGUAAUGACUUGGGUUGGAUAAUAAUCGAAAAUCCAGCUAUUUACCAGAAACACAACAAAAACAUAAAGACAUAGAGAAAUUGAAAAUAAAUGGAUUCAAAGAGAAGAAAGCUUGUGAAGUAGUUGAAAUACUUUAAAGCAUAACAUACUAUUAGGGCUAAAAAAAAGUCUGUAAACUAUGGUAAAAUGAAUAGAAUACUAGGAAGAUAAAAUUCUGAACUGGUUUGCACCUAAAAUCAGUUUCAAAAUAUAUAAAGUAAAAUAAACAGAAAUUACUAGGAGAUGUCAACAGGUGUGUAGUUGUAAUUGAGUUUUAAGAACAUUCUUUUUUGGAAAACAGAAAUGAGUGACCUGGACAAUAAAGAGAUGGUUAUCUUCAGAUUGGUUUCCUAAUCUAUACUGUUUAAAUGUUAAAAGAGCAUAGGAAAGUUAAAAGGAUGAGAAUAUAGAUCAGGGUUAUACAAACAAAAAGAAAACUAACAUUGUCGUCACAAUAGCACACACCUGAAAAAAAUGGAAAAGUUUUGUGAGGGAAAGGGAACAAGAGUCAUUAUUCAUAGAUAAUAUGAUUCUGUACAGAGAAAGUUUAAGAAAAUUUACACAUAUAUCAUUAGAAUAAGUAUUUGAAACUCAGUUGUAUCCCUGUAGCCAGUAAAAAUAAAUGACCGAAAUCUCUAUGGAGUUUACAAAAUAUAAGUGGACCUAAAAGGAGACCCAAAUAAGUAGAGGUAUACUAUGUUCAUGAAUAGAAAGACUCAGUACCAGAAAGACGUGAACCCUUCCCCAGAUUGAUCAGGUCAGUGCUUAAUGUUUAAAAAGAAAUUACCAUGAGUGUUUUAGGAUCAGGACAAGUUGGUCCUACAAUUAAUAUGAAAGAUAGUUUUGAAAAAAGAAUAUGAUAGAGGGCUUGGCUCUGCCAGAGCCUAUUACAUAGUUAGUAAUUACAGCAGUAGGCCCAGAAACAGACCCACGUAUGUAUGGGAAUGUAGUAUGUAAAGAGUUCCUAUUCAUUUGGGAAAGAUUGGACUAAUCAAUAAAUUAUGUUUAUUAUCUCACUGGCCCCCCCAAAAAAAAGAAAAGAAAAAUUAAGACUUCCUCAUUAUGUACAUCAGGGGGUCAGCAAACUUUUUCUGUAAAAAAACACAUAGUAAAUAUUGUAGGCUUUGAAGGCUAUUUGGUUGGCCUCACUCUCCUCUAUCCUUGUAGCCACAGACUAUACAGAAACACUAUGAAAAACUGGUGGUGGGCUGGACUUGGCCCUUGGGCUGUAGUUUGCUAUCCCUGAUAAUACAGAAAUAAAUGCUGGGUGAGUUGGAGCCCAGAAUUUGAAAAAGCAAAGUUUGAAAUCAUACAGAAGAAAAUAUAGGGGUAAGAAAUAAGACUUAGGAGAAAUCAAUCCACAUAAUGUAAGUUUGACUACAUCAAAAUUUAAAGUUUGCAUAUAAUAAAAUAUACCUCUAAGGUACUUGGUGGUGGAACCAGUUGUUCUUAGAAGUGGUUUGGAGGUGAUCAAGAGACAGUGGAAGAUGACUCCCAGAGUUUUGGCCUGAGAAGCUAGUGGGCAGUGGAAUUAUUUAUGAGAGGAGAAAAAGAUUGAUUUAGGAGCAGGUUUGGGGAAAGAUGGUAUGUCCCAUUUAGGCAGUGGAAUUAUGGAAGAUGGCAGAAAGGUAGUUAACUAUGAAUUUGAGAUCAAAAGGUACUCAGACUAGAAAGAGUACUUUGGGAGUUACAGCAUGUCUGUGGUAUUGAAAGCCUGAAGAAUAGCUGAGAUCAGCAAGGAAGUACAUAGGUAAGUAGAGUGGAGAGAAGGGGGACCAAUCUUGUCCCUGAGAAACUCCCAGCUGGCGGAGGAGAAGUCGGCCAGGGAUAAGCUGAGAAGGAGCCCCUGGAAAACGAGGAGUGGAGUUUCACGGAAGCCAUGCCAAGUUUCACGUUUCAACAGGGAGAUGGAGUCAGUUGGCAGAUGCAGCUGCAAACACCAGUCACCCCAACAUGGGGAUGGGUACUGAGAGACGUCGCUGGGAAUGUACAUGUUGAGUUCUGGUGUAUGGGGUGGGAGGUGCCUCUGAGACAUUCAUUUACACACGUUAUCUUAAUCACACAGUCAUUCUGCAGGCUUUUAACCAAGGUGAAAAGCAAAGAGCAGGAGAAGACCCCAGAUGUCAAGUCAGUCAAAGCUUCAAUAUCCGUACAUUCCCCACAAAAAAGCACUAAAAAUCAUGCCUUGCUGGAGGCUGCGGGACCAAGUCACGUUGCAAUCAAUGCCAUUUCUGCCAACAUGGACUCCUUUUCAAGUAGCAGGACCGCAACACUUAAGAAACAGCCCAGCCACAUGGAGGCCGCUCACUUUGGGGACCUGGGCAGAUCUUGUCUGGACUACCAGACUCAGGAGGCCAAAUCAAGUCUUUCAAAGACCCUUGAGCAAGUCUUGCAUGACACCAUGGUCCUCCCUUAUUUCAUUCAAUUCAUGGAACUUCGGAGAAUGGAGCAUUUGGUUAAGUUUUGGUUGGAGGCUGAAAGUUUUCACUCCACAACUUGGUCCCGAAUAAGAGCACACAGCCUGAACACGGUGAAGCAGAGCUCAUUGGCUGAACCUCUCUCUCCAUCUAAAAAGCCCGAAACCACAGCAGCUUUUGUAACCGAGUCUCUUAACAGGAGGCUGGAGGAUUCUGGCUCAGCCCAGCUGGAAGGAAUUGACUUAAAUACUAGAACUAGCAACUCCCAGAACCACUUGCUUUCCCAGGAGAGUGACCGUGCCCAUUCGCUCCACCUGGAGACAGCCAGGACAGGAACUCACCGGGGCUCCCUGGAAACCCAGGAGUCCUCCAGGCUCAUGGUAGCCAGUAGAAGUAGUCCAUCUUCUCCACUGAAGGAAUUAUCAGGAAAAUUAAUGAAAAGUAUAGAGCAAGAUGCAGUGAAUACUUUUACCAAAUACAUAUCUCCAGAUGCUGCUAAACCGAUACCAAUUACAGAAGCAAUGAGAAAUGACAUCAUAGCAAAGAUUUGUGGAGAAGACGGGCAGGUGGAUCCCAACUGUUUCGUUUCUGCACAGUCCAUAGUCUUCAGUGCAAUGGAGCACGAGCACUUUAGUGAGUUUCUACGAAGUCACCAUUUCUGUAAAUACCAGAUUGAAGUGCUGACCAGUGGAACUGUUUACCUGGCUGACAUUCUCUUCUGUGAGUCAGCCCUCUUUUAUUUCUCAGAGUACAUGGAAAAAGAGGACGCAGUGAAUAUCCUACAGUUCUGGUUGGCAGCAGACAACUUCCAGUCUCAGCUCGCUGCCAAAAAAGGGCAGUAUGACGGACAGGAGGCGCAGAAUGACGCCAUGAUCUUAUACGACAAGUACUUCUCCCUCCAGGCCACACACCCUCUUGGGUUCGACGAUGUUGUGCGACUGGAAAUUGAAUCCAACAUUUGCCGGGAAGGUGGGCCACUCCCUAACUGUUUCACAACUCCAUUACGUCAGGCCUGGACGACCAUGGAGAAGGUCUUUUUGCCUGGCUUUUUGUCCAGCAAUCUGUAUUAUAAAUACUUGAACGAUCUCAUCCACUCGGUUCGAGGAGACGAGUUCCUGGGAGGGAGUGGCUCGCUGACGGCUCCAGGCUCUAUGGGUCCUCCUGACGACUCCCACCCUGGGGCUGCCGACAGCGCCACCUCUCAGUCCAGUGUGAAAAAAGCCAGUGUUAAGAUUCUGAAAAAUUUUGAUGAAGCGAUAAUUGUAGAUGCUGCAAGUCUGGAUCCAGAAUCUUUGUAUCAACGGACAUAUGCAGGGAAGAUGACGUUUGGAAGAGUUAGUGACUUGGGUCAGUUCAUCCGAGAAUCUGAGCCUGAACCUGAUGUAAAGAAAUCAAAAGGAUCCAUGUUCUCUCAAGCUAUGAAGAAAUGGGUGCAAGGAAAUACUGAUGAGGCCCAGGAGGAGCUAGCUUGGAAGAUUGCUAAAAUGAUAGUCAGUGAUGUGAUGCAGCAGGCCCAGUGUGAUCAGCCGUUAGAGAAGUCCACAAAGAUAUGACUCAGACCUGAGAUCAAGGAAAUCUGCUUUUGGAAAAUAAGAAAACUUUUUUCCUUUGGUGGAUUCCUCACCGCAGCCAAUGAAAACAGCACUGUAUUUCUUCUCACUGUCGUUCCCAGGAAAGAAGGGCAGACAAUCCCAGACUUCCACCAUGGAGAGCGGCUCAUAGACGCCCUACCACCCAGAUGAUCGCACAGUGACAGUCAGAGAGACCAAAGGGCACUGUUUACACUACUAGAGAUUAAUCGUUUUCCAAUGGCAAUAACCCAUCCACAGAAGAAUUUAGCCCAUGGGGAUCUGCAGGGCCAGGUGCCAUGGGAGGCGGGUGGGCGUGGAGCUGGUGUUUGAUGCGCCGCUGUGGCGGUCUCCCACCCCAGCAGCAGCAUGAGGCAGAUGCCUGGGGUGCUUUGCUUCAUCUCCUACACAAACAGGUGAGUCGGCCUGGCCCCAGCCAGGCAGAGCAGUGCCGGCAGAUGGCUUUCCUUCCUGGGAACGGCCUGCACAGAGGUGUUCAUCUGGAAGGAAGAUGAGAGGUCACGGGUCAAGUUGUGACAUUGUCCUUCCCUUUGGUGGCAGUUUGCCAUUUUCACAUUUUAAUAGCUCCCGGGAUGCAGUACACGUAAAUCAGCUCCUCUGCUGGAGGGGCCACCCUCUGCACUGUGAGCAUCAGGCCCUGCUCCUCCAACUUCUGUGCUCUGGAUUCAUCCCUCCCCUCACAGCACACAAGGAAAGGAAUUUGCAACAACCAUCACUCCAGUUUUCCCAGUUGUACACUUUUUUAAAGCAGGUGGUGGGCAGGGGUGUGGGCGGGCAAGGGUGGGGGAGAAAGGCCCUCCUCUGACCCCCGCCGCCCAUCUUUGCUGCGCCGGCAGUGUGCAGCUCGUGGCCUUUCUCCUUCGUCCAUGGUCAUGAGAGGCCCCUCGCUGCAGUUCCACUCCAUUGGCCUCAGGGUCUGGGCCACACUGCCUUCAGCGGAGCCACCCUGGUGGUAAGCACACUCCAUGGCGGGCGCUGCCAGUAUGGCCUCGCCGCCCAGACUAUUGGGGGAAGAACGUUCUCUUAGGUGUUAACUGCUUUUGCUCAGACUUUGCAAAAAAAAAAAAAAUAUAUAUAUAUAAAUACAUAUAAAUAUAUAAUUAUUAAUCACCUCUGUCCUUGAGAAAGUCUUGAAUGAAUAGAGUUCCUUCCACUGCAAUACCUGACUGUGCAAGAGGCACGCCAUUUCAUCAACAGACGAAGCAGAAAGGCUGUGUGUGGGUUUUGGUACUGUGUACCACCUCUGUUACUCCUCUAAAGCCAAGUGUUCAUGUACUUAAACCAUAUUCUAUUUAAUUGUGUUUGAUUUUAAAAUAUAUAUAUAUAUAUAUGAAUUAUAUUUAAAAUUGUGUCAACUUUCUGCUUUCAGGGCAUUUAUGGCUCCUCUAUUGAAAUGCGUUGAUUCUUCCCAGUAUUUCCAUUUGCUUUACAAGAACCCAGAACAGCCACUCCUGGACUCAGCCCUGUGUUUGGAGCGUGUGGCAUAGACCCAAGUAUUAUUAGUUGCCUGUGCUGUGAUUGACUCACUUUGUUCUUUUAACAGAAUACUUCCAUCCAUGUCACUUUGCUUCAGUCUUUAAAUAAUAGAAAAGCAAUAUAAAGUUCAUAGAAUAAACUGUGGUUUUGGGUGA